AUGGCAAUGCCCCUAAUGGUGACGUGGCCAUCACUAGAGGUUCCAGGUGCUGUCAUCAUGUUCCCGAUGGCCAUCACUCCCUGGAGCACCACAGAUGGCGCUGACAGCAGUGUCGUGUGCGUCCCUGUGGCCUCCGUGGACCAGGGAUGGGAUGCAACACACUCUGUCGAAUCUCAGGAGCCGAUCCAAGAGAGUCAAGAAAGUCCAAGGUUUGCUGAACCUUCAUGUCGCCCUGAUCAUGAAGAGCCUCUUGUCAACAUCUUGGAAAGAUCCUUCGUGAAGGAAUUCCUGCGGAGGAGACACGUGUUAGAGGAGUUGGUCUUGGUGGACAAGAUCAUUCUAGCCUCUAGUGCCUUUGGCUUGUUGGUGGCACUUUUGCAGUUUACGGUGAUCCAGAAGAUCAAGUUGGGUCCUGCCGAGGGUUUGUCACAGACGUUGACCUCCGAAGAUCCAGAGAAGCUGGUUCCUGAGAUCUAUGGGAAAAUCAUGAGUGGUGCCAAGCAGUUUCUGAAAGUGGAGUAUGCCAUUUGCACCACAUUCUGUGUGCUGUUCUCCUGCGUCAUUUAUGGCUUGGUUUCUUGGGGAACCAAGAGCUCCACCCAGGGCAUGUUGACUGCUGGAGCCUUCCUGACUGGUGCUGUGACCUCGAUGUUGUGCGGAUUCCUCGGAAUGAUGAUUGCUACCUACUCCAACGCCCGCACCACAUUGGCAUGUGCCAACCAUGGCUACACCUUGGGCUUCAACACUGCCUUCCGUGGUGGCAGCGUCAUGGGCUAUGCCUUGUGCUCCUUGGGAGUGGUUGUCCUCUGGGCCCUCUUGACCUUCUUCCGAUCAGUCUACCCCGACCCUGAUGACUGGGAGAUCCUCUUCGACUGCGCUGCAGGAUAUGGCUUGGGUGGCAGUACGGUGGCCAUGUUCGGCCGUGUGGGCGGCGGCAUCUACACCAAGGCCGCAGAUGUCGGCGCUGACUUGGUGGGCAAGGUCGUGGCUGGCCUCGAUGAGGAUGAUCCCAACAACCCUGCAACCAUCGCGGACAACGUGGGCGACAACGUGGGCGACAUCGCCGGGAUGGGCGCCGAUUUGUUCGGUUCCUUUGCCGAAAGCACCUGCGCCGCUCUGGUCAUCGCCGCUGCUGCCGUGCAGGGGAGCGAUGCGACCCUAUUUGAUGCUGGAUGGAACGCAAUGCUCUUCCCAGUUUCCAUCUCCGCAGCUGGCAUUGUCAUUUGUGUCCUGUGUGGCUUCUACGCCACCAACAUUUCGCCAGUCCGAGAGGAGAAGGACAUCGAGUGGGUGCUGAAGCUUCAGCUGGUUCUCACUGCUUUGAUCAUGCUUCCGGUGAUCUACCUCUUGGCUUUGCAUCUCUUGCCUCCUGAGUUCCGCUUGGAGGGUGUUCGACUCAACGAGGAGGGUGUCCCUGCCAAGAUCCAUGGCACCCCGUUCAAGGCCUUCAUGUGCGCAACCAUGGGAUGUGUGGGUGGUUUGAUUAUUGGCCUCAUCACAGAGUACUUUACCUCCCACAGCUAUAUCCCUACUCGUGAGCUGGCAAGUGCUUGCAAAUUCGGAACCGCUGUGAACAUCAUUCAGGGCUUGGCAUUGGGCUACAAGAGCUGCAUCAUCCCCGUCUUCGUUUUGUCUUCGGCCAUCUUCGUGUCCUUCCAACUCUGUGACCUUUAUGGCAUCGCCUUGGCCGCCUUGGGCAUGUUGGCCACCUUGGCAUGUGGUUUGACCAUUGAUGGCUUCGGACCCAUCAGCGACAACGCUGGAGGCAUCGCUGAGAUGGCCCUUUUCAAUCCUGAGGUGCGUCGCCGCACCGAUGCUUUGGAUGCCGCGGGCAACACCACUGCAGCCAUCGGCAAGGGCUUCGCCAUCGGCUCUGCGGCCUUGGUCUCCUUGGCCUUGUACGGUGCCUUCGUGGUGCGCCUCCGUGUGAAAACAGGUGUGAACAUCCUGGAACCAACCACUUUCGCCUUCCUGAUCAUCGGCUGCAUGAUUCCGUACUGGUUCGCCGCCCUGACCAUGAAAUCCGUGGGCAAGGCCGCCGGAGAGAUGGUGGCAGAAGUGAAGCGACAGUUCAGCAUCAAGGACUCCAAGGGCAAGACUUUGCUGGAUGGAAGCACCGAGUUGAAGCCGGAUUCCUUGACCUGUAUUCAAAUCUCCACUGCGGCAUCUCUGAGGGAGAUGGUGGCUCCUGCCUGCCUGGUGAUUUUGUCACCUUUGCUGGCCGGUUCUUUCUUUGGCGUGCAGGCCGUCUUCGGUCUGUUGACGGGUUCCCUGGGCUCCUCUGUGCAGCUGGCCAUCUCCAUGUCCAACUCCGGCGGUGCAUGGGACAACUGCAAGAAGUUCAUCAAGAAUGGCUUCUCGGACGAUCCUGAGCUGCGCUACACGAAGAACCCCAAGACACAGGAGGAGAAGGACGCCGCGCCAAAGGCCAAGGAGGCCCACGAUGCCGCUGUGCAGGGCGACACCGUUGGCGAUCCCUUCAAGGACACCUCUGGCCCUGCACUGAACAUCGUCAUGAAGCUUCAGGCGAUCGUGUCAUUGGUCUUCGCGGCCUAUUUCGCAGCCAUCCGCAACGGUCAUGGCUUCGUGGGCACUGCUGGGGGUCGAGUGGUUCUGUCGAUAGCGAGGUUGCUGCAUGAGCGUAGUGCAGAUGGCACGCUCCAUCCACUCUGCGAUGAAGCGAAGCAUGCGAUGAAGAUUGUGCUUUACCAAGCCAUGCGCAGGGUCGCUACCAGGAAGUUACGAGGCAUCGCUUGGCGUUUGGACUAUGAGCAGAUGGAGCUCCAGGUUCAUGUGGCCAAGCUGGAUGACUUUUGUGACAGCUGUGCUUUGCACAAGCUUAUUAGGCCCAAAGCUGGCCCCGCUGCCCAUCCGCCGUGCCCUGCGCGGCGCACGCCAGCGGCACCCAUGGCGGAGGGUUCGGAGGAGGAAGAUGAGGAUUCAGCCACUUUGCAUGUGCAACACCUGAGUGGGGCAAGGAGUACGCUCCGCGUGCCCAAGGUCAUGACUAUCCGAGUGCUGAAGACUCGCCUGGCCCGAAGUUGCGGCUCACCACCCUAUGCGCAGUCCCUGCUGCAAGGGUCCUUGGUCCUCAAUGAUAACUUGAUUGUACAAGAUGUGUGCGACAACUCGGCAGCAGAGCUUCAGCUCAUUUGCCAGCCGUGCAAGACGGAAACAACCAAUCAGCUCAUCGAUUCUGUGAGGACGGGUGACCUGGUUGCCCUGUCCAAGUUGCUCCGUCUCCCGACGCAUCCCGAUGCUGCGCGCAGCAGCGACGGCAUCACCGCGCUGCUCAGCGCGUCGUACCAUGGACGUUUGGACAUGGUCAAGGAACUCCUCGCUGCAGGUGCCUCCAAGGAGAAGCCCAUGAAGAACGGUGCCACACCAGUGCACCUUGCUGCUCAGUGUGGCCACGUGGAGGUCGUGAGGUGCCUUGUGGAAGCAAAAGCCUCCGCCAACUCCAAAGCAGAGGAUGGGCGAUUGCCUUUGCACAUUGCCUCUCAGAAGAAUCACCUGGAGGUUAUCCGUUGUUUACUGCAGCUUGACGCUGAUGUGGAUGCUCCCGGACCCUAUGGAAUGAGCGCAGCUUUCCUCGCAUGUUCACGAGGCUUUGGAGAUGUCUUGCAAGAGCUGUGCCAAGCCCGAGCCUCGCCAGCCUCGAAAGACAACGGCGGCACGAGGAUGUUGGAUGUGACAAUCCAAGAAGGUUACUUGCAGCUCGUCCAGCUGUUGGUGUCCUUUGGUGCUGAGUUGACAGAAGGCAACCGCCUGGGCAGGACAGCGUUGCAUGUGGCCGCUUUUUCGGGUGAUGAACAGAUUGUCCAGUGGCUGCUUUCCGAAGGCUUGCCAGUCGAUGUCCGAGACCUUCGGCAGCAGACCCCGUUGCAUUUGGCUGCACGCUUUGGCUAUGAGGCGUCGAUACAAUUUCGAACACAAAUGAGAAACAUAGCAACAAGUCGAGCAAGUUGA